AAGGAAGGGGAGGCUGGGGGCCUGGGACAACAAGGCCAGGAGGGGUAUAAAAGCCUGAGAGCCCCAAGCACCUCACACACUCACACAGUCACUCAUCCACCCUCCCACCCACUCACUCACACACUCACACACUCACUCACUCACUCACUCACUCACAUCUCCCCCACUCACCUCCUCCACACCCCAGCAUGGCCGCAUCCACCAUGUCCGUCUGCUCCAGCGCUUGCUCCGACUCCUGGCAGGUGGACAACUGCCCAGAGAGCUGCUGCCAGCCCCCCUGCUGCACCCCCAGCUGCUGCGCCCCAGCCCCCUGCCUGACCCUGGUCUGCACCCCAGUGAGCUGUGUGUCCAGCCCCUGCUGCCAGGCGGCCUGUGAGCCCAGCCCCUGCCAAUCAGGCAGCACCAGCUCCUGCACGCCCUCAUGCUGCCAGCAGUCUAGCUGCCAGGCAGCUUGCUGCACCUCCUCCCCCUGCCAGCAGGCCUGCUGCGUGCCCGUCUGCUGCAAGCCUCUCUGCAGCAAGCCUGUCUGCUGUGUGCCCGUCUGCUCUAAGCCUGUCUGCUGUAAGCCUGUCUGCUGCAAGCCUGUGUGCUGUGUGCCCACCUGCUCUGAGGGCUCCUCUUCAUGCUGCCAGCAGUCUGGCUGCCAGCCGGCUUGCUGCACCUCCUCCCCCUGUCAGCAAGCCUGCUGUGUGCCCGUCUGCUGUAAGCCUGUGAGCUGUGUGCCCACCUGCUCUGAGGAUUCUUCUUCAUGCUGCCAGCAGUCUAGCUGCCAGUCAGCUUGCUGUGCCUCUUCCUCUUGCCAGCAGUCUUGCUGUGUGCCCGUCUGCUGCAAGCCUGUCUGCUGUGUGCCUACCUGCUCUGAGUCUUCCUCUUCAUGCUGCCAGCAGUCUAGCUGCCAGCCAGCUUGCUGCACCUCCUCUCCGUGCCAGCAGUCCUGCUGUGUGCCCGUCUGCUGCAAGCCCGUCUGCUGUGUGCCUGUCUGCUCUGGGGCUUCCUCUUCAUGUUGCCAGCAGUCUAGCUGCCAGCCGGCUUGCUGUACCACCUCCUGCUGCAGACCCUCCUCCUCCGUGUCCCUCCUCUGCUGCCCCGUGUGCAGGCCUGCCUGCUGCGUGCCCGUCCCCUCCUGCUGUGCCCCCACUUCCUGCCAGCCCAGCUGCUGCCAUCCGGCCUCCUGCGUGUCCCUCCUCUGCCGCCCCACAUGCUCCUGCCCAGCCUGCUGAGGACUUGGCUCAGGCCAGGAGUCCAGCUGCUGAUGGGCAGGUCCCCCAGGGCCAGCCAUGCUCAGGUCCUGACCUGGGUUAGGUGGCUGUCCCCACCUAGGGAUGGGUCCUCGUGUCUCCCCUGUGCUGAGGUGACCACCCUCCUUGCUCCCAGGAGCCCCAUCCUCACUGCUCCCCAGCUGCUGCCUCCCAGCAUGUGCCCACCUGCCUGCUGGGCCCCGUCCUCCCUCCCAGCUUCUCUGCCCCAGGUCAUUUGGCCUCGACUUGAGCCUGUCAGCACCUCCUCCUGCUCCCAAUAAACUCUCCUUGGUCACCUGA